GUCCUCAUUAGAGCCAACCAUUCAUAUACCAAGGGAAAGUUACAGCAGAACUUCAAAGAGCAGCGAACAUGUCAAGGCUCGCUGCUUCACUCAUCAUCCUCUUCAUUCUGGUUUUUGUUUCUUUCUCAUCAGGUCAUGUUGAAAGCACGAAGAGCAAAGGCGGUGUCGAGGAUAUAUAUCAAGUGAAUAAGGUUCACGGAAGGAAGUUUUUGUUGGUUAUGAAUGACUACGACUAUGGGAAAGCCAACCCUAGGCAUGACCCACCACCCAAAGGAAAACCAGGGCCAGGCGGCAAAAGCCCAUAGCUCCUUCUACCACAAAUUAUAUUUUGUCUGGGAUAGUUUUCUUAUUACUUUUUAAAACAAAAUUUUAGCAUAAAAAUUUCUUUAGAACAACAAGAAAAUAAUAACAAAAAAUUAUCCCAAACAAAAUCUUAACUUUCUCCAUCAUCAUUGUAAUAGAAGCAGCAAUAACCAAAGGCUAGAGACAAAUCUAUUUACCAGCCUGCAUUUAUCAUCUUAUAGGAAAGCGUUGUAACAUUGGCUCAUUUUCACUUGACUUUCCCACUUUGGAAGAAAUGCAAGAACUUAAUUGAAAGGCUUUUUCUCCA